AUGCCGUCGCCGUCCGUGUCUGGAAAGUCAACUCCGCACUUGGAGCCAACACCACGCAGUCUAACGUGGCCACCGACAACCGUGCGCCUUGCAGUCACUGAUCGACACAAAUCACCUAUAUCUCAAUCACCACCCGCCGCCACCAUGCCACGCAUCCAGAAGAAGUCAUAUCAUGAUCCAUUCGAGGAUGAAAUCGAUCGAGACCCAGCCGCUCACUUUUUGUCACCCGUAUCCAUGUGCGAAUAUGACGACUGGGCCGAUGAUUCAGACGACGAGGCCGACGAGGUAGAGUGGGAUGCUGGCAUCACCGACUUCUCUCUUUUCCAGCAUGAACGACGUCAAGCUCAGCAACGACACGAACAAAUAUCCGAUCGAUGGCAUUCCUUGCUGUCUAGCCAAAAGCACGCACUACAACGUGCCGUACAGCGCACUCGCGCCGACUCGGAUCCAACACGCGGCCGAAAUUGGACGCCGUUGAUAGAAGACGUUCCUCAGCUCACUCCGGACAAUUCACCGAAUCUCAGAGACGAUUUCGAUAUUGAAGCCUACUGUGGGCAAAACGCUCGUCGUCCUUCAAUACCAAACUAUCUAAGCCUUGAAGUCACGCCGCCAGAGGAAGAAACCGACGACGACGACGACGAUGACGAAAUCACAGAUUCGGACGACGACGACGACGACGACGAGCUACCAGUAGCUUUCUUGGUCGAGCGUGCACGUGAGCGACGACGUCAAGCUCGAAAAAUGGAGCGACCUGGCAUGCGCUUCAAUCGAACCAUGUCUGGGAGGACCCAUGCCUGGAGAAGACCAAGCUGGCACAUCUACGACGUGGGCGAAGACGUAGAAGCGGAGCGUAAAGCCGAACUCGCGAAUGUCCAGGAGCGCAGAAACGACCAUGAGCAACAACAGCAACGGGCUGGCACAUCUGUGACCAGCAAUUUCUUCCCAAUCAGAUUGCGCUACAGAAUGCGCUUUGGAAAGGAUAGGACGGAUGCAUUGUUUUUCAUUUCUUUGGUUCUUCGAAUGGGAAUGCACGCACAUGAUGACACGAUUGCUUGGGCAUAUGCGAUGGAACAGAACGCUGCAGCUUUCACGAGCGAAUUAUUGCGUGUGGCUUUGUUUCUUUGGGCUUGGGCUUGGGCAUGA